CGCCAAUAGAAAGAGAGCAAGCCAGGGAGAGUCUGAAGUUGAGAGAUGGCGGAAGAGAAGAAGAAAACGAUAAAGCUGUUUUGCCCUUCUAUUGCAAAGUUAGUUCCGGUGGUGGCUUUGGAAGACCAGAGACUCGAUUUGGGGCUCAUAGCCCGGACCUUCGGGAUCGAACCAGCGACGUUGAAGCUAAAUGGGCACUUCGUAAGCAGAGGGAUCGAUCUUAUAGCAUCCUCUGUAACCUGGAAAUCUCUUAUUUCCUUCUUCUCAACUCGAGGUUUCUCCACCGGCACUUCCGACUCCGACGCCCUUAUUGUCGACGGCAAGCUCUCUAAACUCGGUUCCAAAAGAGGAGCUCAUAUUCCAGUUGAAGAUGAAAUCCAAAGUGUUAUGGGGUCAAUCACACAUCAAGAAUGUACCAAUCGGAUCAGUAUCAAAAGGAUGAAGCAUGACACACCACGAUCAUCUGAUUUUGUAGAUAGAAGGGUCCCGCAGAGCUUAUGUUUGAAAAGAAAGCUUGGGUUGGAUAGAAGCAGUGCGCCCCUGAAGAGAACAAGGAUGAAUGAGUCUAAUACCGAUCUUACAGAGACCAAUCCAGUUUUCGUAACCAAAGGAGACAGGCAUCUUCCAUGCAGUUUAGUCAGUGAUGAGGCGAAGCGGAGGAGAGAAGAAGAUAUGGGUGUUGCUUCUCCAUUAAAGAAGAUAAGAAACUGAACAUUUUCAACAGCCCAGAUUUUAAUUUGUACAUUAAAAUAUUUAAUCUCUGUUGUGUAUUAUACUUGUAUCCAUUGCAACAUCUGUGGAUGAGUAGAACUUAGAUAGAUAGAUCAAUACUACACUGGUACCAUGGCUUCUAGAUUUGGUAACAUUGUCUUAUGUUUUUUCCUUUUCAAAAAUAAUUUUUUGUCUUGAGUCACUCAGUAAUAUAUAUGGAGGUGUACUCUCUCCAGCUUUAUGAGCCA